UCCCUCAUGCCUACCCCACUAGGCCUUUUAUUUUAGGUUCCACCUUUAAUUUCGCAUCAUCGUCAUUAACGUUAAUCUCACAUAUUUUUAGUGUGUGUUUGGCGUGCAAAAGAUCUGCUGGUUUCACAUAGUUAACUUUAUUGAGCAAGAUCAAGAGAAAAUAAAUACUGCUACCUAGUUCAUUCCGUACAAAUAAAGUAGCGGGGCAUCGAGGACUGCAGACCAAUAAAGGAAAAGCAUGGAAGUAGCACAGUUGCAGAAACGAUUUCUGGAGUUGAUAUCAACCGUUUAUCAAGAGGGGUUUUUGGAUGAUCAGUUCGUACAGCUUCAGAAACUGCAAGAUGAGAGCAACCCGGAUUUUGUGGUUGAAGUGGUGUCCCUCUUCUUUGAGGAUUCUGAGAAGCUUCUCAACAAUGUGGCGACUGCCCUUCAACAACCAAUUGUGGAUUUUAAGCAGGUCGAUGCUUAUGUCCACCAAUUCAAGGGUAGCAGUUCUAGCAUAGGUGCACAAAGAGUGAAGAAUGCGUGUGGUGCUUUUAGAAAUUUUUGUGAGGAAAAGAACCUGGAUGGGUGUUUGAAAUGUCUACAACAUGUGAAAAAUGAAUACGCUCUUGUGAAGAGGAAGCUUGAAUAUUUAUUUAUGCUGGAGCAACAAAUAGUGGCAGCUGGUGGCAUGAUACCCGUAAUUCCAUAAGUACCUCCACUUAGCCUACUCGCAAAAAGGAUUGCGUUUCCUACCUCCAUUGCCUUUUUAUGCUGCUGGCAUCCUUCUAUGAUGGAAGUUCGGCAUGGCACUUUUGUUGGUGUAGCUGGAAGUAUGAACCUGGUUAUGCUUUGCUUUUGUGAAUUAGGCUUGCCUUAGUUCUUGCAUUUUCCCUCUUUCCUCAUGGGCGCUGAAGAAAGGCCUAGGACUACUAUGUGAAAACAAAACCUACAUCUUCUUAUUGAUCGCAUCUUCAGAAAAUGGAAUGUGCCGUCCUCUGCUGGGAGCUGUUACUUUGUUGUGAUAAGUCUGUCAUUACAUAUUUCUUGGCCUGCCUUUAGGUUGUGUUGCUCUUUUAAAUUUCUAUGGCAUAAGUUCAUUUCAUUAUAGUGAAAAUAUACUCAUUCACCCAAAAAUGGCAGCUGUAAGUGGAAGCUAAAUUUGCGCGGUUAGUGCCUCCCUUGAUAGAAACCAGUAAUUAUAGUUUGUUUAGUUUUUCUAGUUUGUUUGGUUUUGUUGAAUUGGAAACAAGGCUUUGGGGGAAUUGCGAAAGUGACAUUUUUUUAACCUUUUGUAAUUGUGACGACACAGUUAACCCCUUCUUCCUGGAAGUACCCAAUUAACAUUUUGUAAUUGUGACGACCGUUGCUUCGUCAAUAAGAUUGUGCCUUCUCCAAGGAGGAGAUGAUUCUUUCUUUUC